AUGUCUGAAGAUCUAAUAUCGUCAUUGUACCCACCUCCGCCACCGUAUUUUAAGUUUUUCACGCAAGAGAACUUGAAUAAGGUCAACAGCUGGAAGAAGGAGCAAGAUCAGGAAGAAAGUAGCCCAGAGGACCCAAGAAAAGUACCAGAAGGAGAGUUACAGUUUCUCAUACCACCUGAGCAGCCAAGUGGAACUCAUUACCGAGGAUAUGGGAAUCUAUGGUCGUUUGAAGACAAGUUACCGAGUUUGAAAGAAGCCGGAUGGACUCAGUUAUAUAAGGAAGAGGACGAGUUAAUAACGUCACAGACAAAGAUUAAAGAGUUGCACAAGCUAAUGGACUCGUUGUUGUUGAAUUUUUUGGAGUUGAUUGGCUCGAUGUCGGUUGAUCCAUCGAAAUUCCAUUACAAGAUCGAAGAUUUAAAGUUACUUUUAAUCAAUAUAAAUCAUAUUUUGAAUACAUAUAGACCUCAUCAGACACGUGAGAGUUUAAUAAUGUUGUUGAAGAAACAAAUCGAUAAGAAAAAUAAUGAAAUUAAUGAAAUCGAUAAGGUGAGUACUAGUAUAACUGAGAAAAUUCAAAAAUUAACAAAUAAUGUUAAAGGAACUAAUGAAGACGUUGACGAAUCCAAUGAGUCCAGUUCAGCCGAAUUGAAGAAAAAAUUAUUAGAUAAGUUACUAUAUCAAUCUACAUAA